UACACCUUAUCCUCAGUCCACAGCACAGUGCCUGUCCAGUGUCCAAGGGCUACUAAUCUGAACUUGACCUAACUCACUUGACGCUCGUUCAUUUUCUCUACGAAAUGGCGUCCGGUCUUCGAAGUCCUCGUCUAGUGGGGACUCUACCGCCCAAGCGUCGUCCAACUAUACACACCUUCACUUCGACAGUGCCAGCCCCUCGAGAGGGCAUGAUUGAUUGCACGGCGGGGAAGUAUGAACAUUUUCGGAAGAGCCGAUCAGAACUCAAAGCCAUGAAGAAGAAUUUGCGUGCUUUCUACGAGCACGAGUUGCUCGACGGUUUUGAAGAAGUGGAAACUGUACUAACUUCCAAUCUGCCUGACCAAGUUUAUGGGACGCUCGCUCAUCAAAACAUCUUGAAUGCCCAAACGGUGCAUUCGCCUACGGGAGAAAACGAAGACGACCGGUUCGCAAACGCUGAAACGCAGCCGUUGCUGAAACAGAGGGAAGAAUCCAGAGGCCACAAACAAGAAAGAUUAGAUAAGAUCGCCCUCAACGUGAACAUCAUUGUCAACAUCCUCCUUCUCGCUCUGAAAGGCGCUGCAGUUGCGCUGUCCAGUUCUGUGUCACUGCUCGCUUCUUUCGUGGACUCGGCUUUGGACUUUCUUUCAACGCUGAUCAUCUGGGCUGCCGACGUCGCAGCCAAGCGGGAGGACCCGGGCUCCAAAUACCCCACUGGAAAGAAACGCUUUGAGCCUCUGGGAGUGCUCGUGUUCUCCGUUUGCAUGAUCGCCUCUUUCACUCAAGUUUUGGUUGAGUCCCUGAGAAAACUUUUCGGGGAGCAGACCGAGGAAGUAGGAACGCUGUCCUUGUUUGGAAAGAUAACUAUGGGCGUCACAAUUGCUGUAAAGCUUGUGAUAUGGGCAUGGUGUGCCCGCUUUAGAUCUUCUGGAAUCCAAGCCCUAGCGCAGGAUGCGAAAAACGAUGUAUUCUUCAACGUCUUUUCUUUAAUCAUCCCAUGGGUCGGAGAGUUGCUGUCUAUCAAACAAUUGGACCCCCUGGGUGGUGUAUUGCUCUCUAUAUACAUCAUCGUCGAAUGGGUCGAGACACUGCUCGAAAACUUUGUCAAGUUGUCUGGUCGCAUGGCCAGUAGCGAACACAACUUUCGUGUACUGUAUCUCAUCUCCAGGUUCAAGCCCGUAUUGAAUGUUUCGUAUCUGGAAAUCUACCACGUUGGAGACGAGUUGAUUGUGGAGGUUGAUGUUGUGCUACCCAAAGACACUCCACUGCCAUAUGCCCACGACGUCGGCGAAACAAUCCAAGCAUCGAUUGAGGCACUGGAUCUCGUCUCGCGGGCCUACGUUCAUCUAGACUACGAUUCCAACAACCCCGCGCAGCACGCCGUUAUUUGAGACGUUCGCGGCAAGAGUAUCUUGGGUCACGCAGC